UAACGAACAUCAUUCCUUAAGAUUACACUAAUGGGAUGGAGACGUGUUUUGCGGGAUUUGUGGGAAGUCAAGCGGACUCUGAUUGUUAUUGUUGUGCCUUUGAUACUACUUCCAUUACCACUUUUAGUUGAUUCCUCUGAGGCAAAAUGUGCGUAUGGUCUUGCAGUGAUGGCAAUCUUUUGGAUAACAGAAACUCUGCCAUUAGCUGUGACAUCUUUGUUACCUGUAAUAGUGUUCCCUAUCUUUGGGGUUAUGAAAGCAGGAGAUGUAGCAUCAAACUAUAUAAAGGAUUCAUCAAUAUUUGGAAUUGGUGGCUUAACUCUUGCUGUUGCUGUAGAAAAAUGGAAUCUUCACAAAAGAAUAGCUCUGAGGGUUCUUCUUAUGUUUGGUUCAAAACCAAAGUGGUUAAUGUUUGGGUUUAUGUUACCGACUUGGUUUUUGUCUAUGUGGGUCAGCAAUACGGCCACAACGGCCAUGAUGAUACCUAUUGUCGGUGCUGUUAUGGAACAGUUAAAGGAAGUUAAUGAAGUUGAGGAAGUUAAUGAAAAGGGCAGCGAUAAUCUUGGAUACGAUACAGCAAAUAAUGUGGAAGAGAAAUCAAACGAAAAUGGAGUUAAAGAAUAUAACAUUAAAUACAGUGAAAAUGGAGAAGUAGGCAUGAAAGAAGUUCAAAUUGAAGUUAAGGAAAAACAAAUGAAGGAGCAAGUACACCACAAUUAUUCAGAAUCUAAAGAGUAUAAAAAUAUGUGUAAGGCGAUGACAUUAUGUGUUGCAUAUGCUGCUAAUAUUGGUGGAACUGGAACCUUGUCUGGUACAGGACCAAAUAUUAUAAUGCAAGGACAAGCAGAUCUAGUUUUCCAACGAGUUGGCAUAGAAUCUUCAGGGAUUAACUUUGUAAGUUGGAUGAUAUUUGCCCUUCCUGGUUCUAUCAUAUGUUUAGCAUUGUUGUGGAUAUGGUUACAGAUAUGGUUUCUAGGAUUAAGAGAGUUAGUGUGCUCAACCAAGAAAGAAGAUCAACGAGCUACUAAAAUAAUUAGAGAUGCCUUCGAAAAGUUAGGACCUAUGUCUUUUGCCGAGAUAGCGGUAUUAGUCCAUUUCGUUUUACUGGUUAUAUUAUGGUUUAGCAGAAAGCCUCCAUAUGUUGAUGGUUGGGGGUCAUGGUUCAAGACAGGAUAUUUAACGGACUCUGCGUCUGCCAUAUUUAUUGUGACAUCCAUGUUCGUAUUCCCAUCAGUUCGCCCUUCAGUUUUGUGUUUUAGAAAAACAAGAGGAUUUCCAAAAGAUGACAGACCACAUAAACCGGUGCCGCCCAUAUUGGACUGGCCUACUGUUGAAAAGAAGUUUCCAUGGGGUGUUCUAUUGUUGAUAGGAGGAGGCUUUGCCUUAGCAGAUGCAUCUGAAAAAUCUGGUUUAUCUUCGUGGAUCGGAUCACAUUUAGAAGCCUUUAAGGAAUUAGACACGUGGGUUAUGGUCCUUCUAUUUACAUCGUUAGUUGCUGUGUGUACAGAAGUUACAAGUAAUACAGCUACAAUAACACUCUUGUUACCUAUUCUCGGAGAUCUUGCAGUCCGUUUACAACUUAAUCCAUUGUAUUUAAUGUUUCCAUGUGCCAUUGCCACGUCUUUUGCGUUCAUGCUUCCUGUUGCAACACCACCAAAUGCUAUAGUAUUUGCCACUGGAUAUAUUACCGUCAAAGAUAUGGCAUCAGCUGGAUUCAUGGUGAACAUUUUAUGUAUAUUGGUACUGAAUGUAGCAGUAAAUACUUGGGGAAUGGCAUAUUUUAAUCUGAACGUUGUUCCUCCUGAAUUUUUAAAUGGACACAACACCACUAUGAAUAUAACAACUGUUAGUCCAUAGUAAACACGCCAUCUGAUCUUUUUUAAUGUUCAAAAAAUAGUGAAUA